AUUUGUUCUGGCUGGCUUGCUUGCUCUUUUUCAUGUUGAUCGGAUUCCCCAUAUCGCAAGCCUAGGCUAGUGGUGCCCACCCCAGCUUUUUUCCCAUCUACUGAAUUUGGGAUUAACUGGGUACUGCUGCCUGUAAAAAAAAAAAAAAAGCUACCAGCUAAUUAUCGAUUUGGAUCUUUAAGCUGUGCUCUCCUCGAUUUAGCUCAGCCAAAGGAACACAUCACCUGCGCGCAACAAUCAUACCAUUGUAAAUAACGUCUACAACGGUAACGUUUAUCGGAGAGUGUCCCGACAGCGACUACAGGAACAAGCAAUUUGUGGUGCUUGGCCGAGGCCGAGUGGACUGACAAAGCACGAGUUGCGCGGGACAUACAUCUGUCUAGGUACGGGAGCAGGCAUCGCAAAAACAACCAACAGAGAAAAAAAAAAAAUCGACGGCUUGGGCUACUCGACCCCUGCCCCAUACAACAGGUAACCUGGUGCGUGCGUCUGGUCUCCGGCGAUUGGAUCUCCCCCAGGUGGCCGUGUCUUGAAAGUGGGUCUGGCUGGCACUGCGAACCUGCGACAGCCAGCCGGCACGCACCAUUUGCACCAGCCAGUCCUCUCGCACCUCUCCUGGUCUUGUCUUCAUUCGGGCUACAACUCAAUCCUUCCCAAGCAUCAAUCCCAACCUCGACCCGACCCUGGCCCGCGCCCAUUUUUCUACUAAUCCGCCUCCCGAUUCGAGGCUUAUAACGACUUCACUUCUUUCCACGUCGCCUGAGCUUGGAAGAGUUGAAUUAUUUUCUCUUUUCUGUUCCUGUUACCUUUCUGGAUUUGGGCUAGCCCAGUCCAGAGAGAGAAUUCAGAGCCUUACGUGCCGGACCGCCACCAAACGACGCCCCCCAUCAAAAUCUCGGUCGCGUCUACGGAUCACGAGAGAGAGCCCUUCACUACGUUCAACUGUCAAAGUAAAUACCACGUCCCGAACCCCCGAAUAAACACGUCACUCCUUCCUACCGAUUAUCUUGCGACCCGCCGCCAAAUCGUCUGCUGCCAGCCGUGGGCUUUACUCGCUCUUUUUUAAUUGGUCUUUUGGGCCCUGCACCGUCGCAAGUCGCGACGCCUAGCCGCGAGAUAUUUGUCGCAACGCCCAAAGAUCCACCCACCUUCGCGCGCUUUGGGCGCACACUGGACCUCGAUUGAUCGGCGGUUCGGUCACUUUUGUCACCAAUAACACAUAAACCAACUUUCCCAUACUGCCGAGCCUCGCUGCAUGUUGAUCAGCCACCCGACGCGCAUGCAAUAGACACGCAAAGGUCGCCGUCGAUAUCCACCGCCGUGGAUCAUCGACACGCCAAUCAAUGAUGACCAGUAUGAGCAUGGGACCUUCGUUCUCGCCGCACCCCGGCGCCAUGCAACACCCGCCUGGUGUCCCACAAGGCCACCCGGGCAUGGCUCCCGGCAUGGCUCACAACCCCAGCCAGCCCGGCGUUCAACCCGGAGGUAUGCCGCACCAGAUGCAUAUGGGUGUAUCCGGGCCAGGCCCUCAGGUCAACCCAGCUGCCCUGAUGGGUGGAGUGGGAAUGCCACCAGGCGCCGGGCCAAACCCGCACAUGCAGCAAUUAUCACAGCAGCAGAUGUUUCAACAUCAACAGCAGCAGCAGAUGAAUAACAUGGCGGCCUAUGCGAAUAACCCAGCAGCAUUACAACAUUUACAAGUACAAAGGAUGAAUCAACACCUACAACAACAGCAGGCCAGGCAGAUGCUCAUGGCACAGCAAAGCGUGUAUGGUGGUUUAAAUCCACAGCAGCUCCAACAGAUGCAGCAAAUGCAGCAGAUGCAACACUUGAACCCGGCUCAACUCCAACAAAUGCAGAGGCUGCGCCAACAAAAUCCUGCUGCGGCAGCUGCACAGCAGCAAGCAUUAAUAGCUCAGCAGAUGGCCCUUCAGCAGCACCAGCAGCAACAUGCUCAGAAUCAGGGUCAUCUAGGGAAUGCUCCGCAUCCCAACCCAGCCGCUCUUGCUGCUAUGCAGCAGGCUCAUGCCCAAGCCCAGGCUCACGCCCAAGCUCAGGCUCAGCAACAGGCGCAGCAGCAACAGGCUCAGCAGCAGCAGCAGCAGGCUCAGCAACAACAGCAGCAGCAGCAAGCUCAACAGCAACAACAACAACAACAACAACAGCAGGCCCAGGCCCAGCAGCAGGCUCAACAGCAACAGGCCCAGGCCCAGGCCCAAGCCCAGCAGCAGCAACAAGCCCAGCAACAACAACAGCAGCAGCCUCCCCAGGCUCAGCAGCAGCAGCAACCACCCCAGCAAGGACCGCAACCUCCACAGCAGCAACCGCAACCUCAACCGGCGCAAACACAGGGUCCGCAACCGCCUCCGACGACACAAGGACCGCAGGGCCAGCCUGGUCCCGGUCCCAAUGCGCCACCUGGUCAGCCACAAAACCAGGGUCAAGGCCCCCAGCAACCCACCACCCAAGCGCAGCAAGCAGCCAUGCCGCAGCCUGCCGGGCCAGGUGGCCAACCCCCGCAGGCUCUUUUGGCUGCUCAGCAGCACGCUUUUGCCAACAGCGCACUUCUGCAGAAGAGGGAGAACAUGAAAGGGCACUGCUUGCUCAAGCUCCUGCAGUUCUGUGAGCAUUUGAGCGAGUUUCAGGGAGGCAAGGAUCCAACCGAUCUUACAUACUGGAACGAGUUUGUACACAGAUUUUUCUCGCCUCGGGCCGUAUUCAGGUUUGUCGUGCACGAAUACGGUGACGACGGAGUGGCUGCAGAUAAGCCCUACGAACUUGGCUUCCCCAUACUUGCCAGGUACUUCAACUCGUAUUUCCAGGGCGGCGCCACAAACAUUCAGCUAGUUCUAGACAAGGGCACGACGGAUAAGCCCCUGACGGGUGACUCUCACUUUAUUGAGAACACCAAAGCCAGCAUGCACUUUUGGUAUCCCGGGAACCUGAUGGUGAUGGCCAGCGGGACACUGCGCGCGCACUUUGACGGGGAGCAGAAGAUCGAGCUCCUCGAGUUCCAGCAGAACCACUACGAGGAGUUCCUUCCCAGGAGUUUGGUGCUUCAGGGUGCCAAACCAACCCAUACCUGGAUCAAGGAUUGGAAACAAGCCAACAAUCCAGACGCAAAAUCAUCACCAGAAAUGAGUAAAAAGGCUAAGCAGCGGCAAUUCAAGUCGCCACAAAGCGUACCACCGGAUUUGGAGCUCCCUGAUGCACUUGUUAACAAGAAUGGACUUUCAGCCGCUGUCCAAAACUUCCUCGAGAUAUCAGAAAUAUUGUCGCACAUGAACCCCCUUUUCUCCCAUGCACAUAUGCACCCUAACCUUGGUCCAUAUGCAGCCCUGAACUCCUACAUUCAGACGGUCAGUGGGCAAGGCGACAAUGCGGGCGUCAUGAACGGUCAGCCGAUGCCCCAGGGAGCAGGCGGCCAACCACGCACGCCAAGCUACGGCCAAUUCCCUAUGGGUGCCAGCCCACAUGCUGCCAACCUCCAGCUGCCCGGUUCUCCUCACAUUGGUAGCCCCGCCAUGGCGCAGCAGAUGGUGCCGCAGCAGAGCCAGCAGGGUACGAGCUCCAGCGGCCCCUCGGCCAACACAUCACCUGCCGGUACGAAGAGGCGGCGACCAUCGGGCGUGAAGACUGAAGACGACGGCACCCCAGUUUCAGCACCGACUCCUGGAUCCGGCCCUCUUGUGAAUGGAAUGCAGGCUGGCAAAGGUAAACCACCCACGCCCAGGAUGCAGAAAAGGCUGAAGACCGGGCCCCAAGCUCAGUCAUGAUAAAGCAAGGAGUAGCAUCCUUCGGCCUGCUCAGUAGACAAAUGUGGCGGGGGUAGUCGAGUUUCAUCACCAGCAAGCAUCAAAGCAGCCGCUUCAUAUAACAACAAAAUCUCGGACUGGCUUACUACUUGUUUAUACCAAUUUCCUUUCUUCCUCGUUUCAUCAUGCGACACGCCCGGCGUCGUACGGUUCCUUUUUUUUCAUUUGGGCUGGAUUUAUUCAUCUUGUUGGGGGAGGGAAAUAACUGCAUGUGUGUCUAUACGAUAUUUACCUAAAACCCGGCUGUGUUUUUGUGUGAGAUUAUUCUCGAUUUUGAGAAUCUCAUCGUUUCUUUUUUAUCAUUUUCUCUAUUUUGUUUUUGCAGGUCACGUUUUUGCUGUGCUAAUAACAGCCAUCUUUAACUGUGGCGGCGGGAGUAGGCGAAGGCGAAGAAGGACAAUCGGAGACUGAUAUCUUACAGCCCAAGAGAUAUGGCUGUUCUUUUUUUUUUUCUCUCUUUAGUUUAUCUUUUUGCUUUCAGGCCGCUUUUUUGUUUCUUCCAGUGGCCCUUAUUUUGUCAUCUACCCCAGAGAUCGACCUGCCAGCCUCCUCUACCAGCUUCUCUUAUUAUGUUUUGAACUUUUUUUUUUCUUUUUUUACUUAAUGUUAAAACCAAACAGAAAUGAAGGCUGGCGGGGGACCUGAGGCAAACGACAAAAUGAAGGGCUCUGAAGGAAUUGAGGACUUACUCCUGAGAAUAACAGUUUGCCGACUUGCGAUAUUGAUUCUCGACGGGUAUUCUCGACGGGUGGGCGAAAAACGUCGUGUAAAAAUAGCUGAUUUUUCUUUUUCAUUUCUUCAUUCUCCUUUUUUUUUUUUUUUGUUAUUCAACGGGAGCUUAGAUCAAUAGCUAGUUCAAGACUUGCCAACGAAUAA